CAGGUCUGAAUAUGCCCACAGGAUACACCCUGAGCCAGAAGGUAGCCUCCCUGCAAACCAGAAAGUGCAAAUAUGAAGCAUGGAGCUUCUACAUGGCCUGCCAUACUACUAUAGAGAAAGGGAGGGAACUGACAUAUUAUCGAAAACCAUAGAGUCUAAUGAUGCACUGACACCACUGCAAAUUCCUUCACGCCCCACUGUGUCUCAGGAAAGAUAUGAGGAGUUAAGAGAUUCACAUCAGUGGUGCAGGCUUCCCUGGGGAACUGAAAGAGAAUAUGGAGGAAUUGCACCAGUUUCACUGCCAGAAGAUCACAGACCAAAGAAUGAGCCUCCUUGUUUGCUUGCUAAAGGACAUCAACAUUAUGCUUAUGGUGGAGAUUCCUGGCCAAGAGGUCUUCCCAUUGAGCAGUACUACGAUGUAACCCAAAUGAAAAAAAGUGAUGUUCGUAUGAAUGAUGAUCUGCUUCCUAAACCUCUAGAUAAUUCACUCAAACAAUUAUGCCUCCCAUUUCCAGUCUCACACCCCUACCAGACACACAUCUCCAGGUAUGCCAUGUUCCCAACCUUUAAAUCACCAGAAGACCGAGACACUGGCAUCCAAGCAAGCAGCCACCGGCCUUUUCAUCCCAACGUCCCUACAAAGCCUUAUGAUGUGAUUGUUUUGAGAAAGACCAAAGGUAAUCCAUAUAGACAUGAAGUCAUCAACAUUCCAUAUGAUUCCCAGAAGGAGGCCUUGCAUUGGCCAGGACAACAUACAUACUUUCAUUUUCCUAAAUUUGUUGAGGGAAGCAGUCAGAUAUAUUAUCCAAAGCCACCAAAGAUUGUGGCUCCUAACUCUACAUGCAACUUACUAGAAAAUAAUCUCUCUUCAAGAACUGCCAAUAUGCUACGAAAUGUAGAGAAGGCCCAGUGGAUAACAACAUAUAACUAUGAUUUCACAGGUAGAGGUCCCAUGAAUCCCCUGGUACUGGAUGAUUCUGACAUGAAGCUAAUUGGCAGAGUGACUGGAGAAUUAGAGGAAGAUGUGGAACUUAAAGAAUCGUUUCUGCCUAGUCUCUCACAAGUAAGGCCUUUAGAAGGGCGCAUUGCACGUUUCCUUCAAGGUCGGCGACCCCAUGAAUCAAUUUUACAAGAACAGGAUUCCUCAGACAUCACUGUGCCUCCAGUUUUGUACACAGUUCAUGCUGUCAUACCCAGUUACUCAGACAUGAUACUCAGCAAUAGGAAAACAGCAACAAAUCUGGAUCGGCAAUGUAAACAUACAACAAAUGAAGACAAGAAAAGAGAAGAGGACUCAUUGCGGACUCUUCAAUUGCCUGAUGUAUGUUACCAGAGAGGUGAGAGUCAGGAAAACAGACCUACAGUAAACAAAUUUCAGAAAAUCACAGAUACAUGGAAAACAGAAGCUUUGUAUAGAAGGCAGCUUUCAGUCAGGCCUAAAUCUGAACCUCCUCCUGCCCCAUCAUGGAAUUCCCUCUACUAUGAAGAUUUGAAACCCAGCCAUUUAGACCAAUACAUUGUGUGGCACAACCCUGUUAGUCUUAGUAAGCCAGGCUUACUAAAGGGUCAAAUGGGGGGAGAAGGCAGCAUUUUCCAAGCUGAAAACAGUGAUCAAGAGGAAACCCAAUAUACUUUGAGUUUGGAGAGCAACCCACCCAACAUAGCACUGCCUGAAUGGAUUCCUAAUUCUGGGGUGCCUCGACCUCAGACAUCAUUACUUGAGCUUCAGAAUUCCUUUUCUAAAACAGGAGCACACAAACGUUUUCAUAAUUCUAUUAAAGGAGAAGUAAAAGACCUCCGGGAUAAUAUUCAUGAAGGGAGGAGGCACACAUUCUAUGGCUUCAAUUCAUUUUAUUUCUAUAACUGACAUGUGCCUUUGUCCCUUUAAAUUAAAAAAAUCAGUCCCUCUCUUUGUAUUUACAA